UAUUGAAGGUGCGUAAUUACGCGCUGAGCUCACGAAACUUUGGCACACCUCCGCUGUAUAAUCCAAAGUGUCAGCAUAGUCGCUUAUAUCAACCGCACGGUGACGUCCGCAUGCCGAUAUGAGUCAAGACAAAAUACGAGGAAAUCCCCAAGGCCAAGAAAACAACGACAGGCCCCUUUAAAUCGACGCUUCCUCGCUGUUGUGCUGAGAGACAGAGAGAGGGGGAGAGAGAGAGGGAGAGAGAGAGAGAGCGAGAGAGCUCUGAUAAACAACAACACGAUUCUCAGAAGCCGCUUUUACCGGAUUCAGCUCUUUACUGCGGCCUCGGUUGAGAAGAAGUGAGGUUACGAGGACUUUCUCGAUCUUAUUUCCAACAUUUUGUCGCCGGCUGUCCAUACAUUCAUUGUUGAAUGCCAUUACGGAAGUGAGAGGCUUUCCGACACGACACAACGCUUGGGCAGUGAGGACAUCUAGUGGCCAAUCAGGAGAAGACGCCUUCUCGAGAUGUACGGAGCUUCAGGUAUCCCCGAGCUCAUCCCACCCAGCGGGCCACCCCGGCAGCCCGGCCCGGCUGGACAGUACAACCCGGGACACCCCCAGGUCAACGGCCACGGCGGUGGGUCCAACCCUCAGAGACUCGGGCAGAGAGCACCAAAGCUGGGUCAAAUUGGUCGGUCCAAGAAAGUGGACCUGGGCGAUGAGGACUUGGAUGACAUCAUGAACAACAACGGGCAGUGUCCUGUAUCCCUGUCACCCAUCUCCUAAACUUCACCGAGAAGUGCCAAAAAGAAAAAAUCCCCCCGGGAUGCCAAAACUCCUCAUCAGUGCUCUUGGCCUUGAUCCUGUCAAGUGUCCUAACGAAGCUUCUGAUGGCUCAACAAGGCACAAAAAUGGCUUAUUUAGCGCCAGCUGAAGCCUAGGCCCUCUUUGUAAAUAGUCUUUAUUUAACUUAACCUUUGGUCAGACUGUGAAUGAAUUGUAUUGCAUUGCCCUCUACUCUAUACCUCGGUAGGUACUAGACUGUCAGGACUUGAGAAAGAUUUGAAGGAAGUGUCUAUAUUUUUUCAGAGCUUCUUAACAAGGGCUACAUUUCUAAAGUUGCACUAAGCAAAUGGUUAGAUGAGAAGCAGCCUCUCACCAGCCUGGUUUCUGGUAUGGGUUACUGAUUGUCUGUGGGUUGGUCGUGUGAGGGAACACAAGCCUGUAAAUGUGUACCACACAGGUGAAAUGUUACGCUUAGGUUGUGCAAUGACUAUCACUCUCUACUCUCACACUGAUGCAAGUGAUGUACUAUUAUCCAGUGGAUGAAAGCUCGCUAUAUACAGGGGGGGAAAAAACUACUGCUAAUUAUUUAUUGUUUAAAAAAACGAGAAGAAACACUCUGUUGUGUUGAUAUGGCUUCUACAUGUUUUUUACUUGUUUUCGAAUGAAUAUUGCUUUAGUCAUCUAUAACUGAGAUGUAUUAUGUUUCCAAAUGGUGCACUUUGUGGGAAUGCCUGUUAUGUGCAGUGACAUGUUGCAGAAUUCUAUGCAUGAAGUCUGUUAAAGCAUCAAAACACGUAACUGGUAUCCCGUUAUUAAGGGCUAUGUAGUAAACCACGCCACCGUUUUGCUCUUUAGAUCUUGCGGAGUCAACACUUCUCUCGAGCUCAUUGUUAGCUUGAGUUGCAGACUCAGCAGGAAAAUAUCAUAAACAACUGACUUAUGGAGGGUUUGUUUGUUUUUUAAAGGCAGGGUUUCCCGAAUUGGCCAGACAACUGUGAUUAAAAAGAAGAAUAUGUACAGCUCUAAAUGUUUUAAAUAAAUUGCCAAAUGAUAUUUAACGCUACAUCAGAUUGAAAUCAUUCAACGUAAUUCUGAUUGGCUUAUCAUGAUGAACAACACCUAUUUUGUACGAAUAUGUAGUUGUGUAGCAGUACAAAGUGCUUGCUUAACUACAGCUAGAUGAGGUAAUGGCGUGUUUGAGGUUGAGGUGGACUAUUUAAAGAUAAUGUCAGCCUGCACCUUUAUAAUUACAGUAUGGGAUCAUGGGAAGCAAAUGACAGCUUAUAAUUAGCUCUCACUGCUGAGACAAUCCUACACUGACGUGCUUUGGGUCAUCUGGGUUUUUUUAAAAGAUGCACCUAAUGACAUAUUUUUGCUUACAAAGGCUCAUGCUGAUGUCAUGUUACUUUGUUGGCUGUGAAAUUGUUACUACUUCACUUUUUUUUCUGUGUCAUCAAAGCACUGCGUUUCACAGCUCAUUCUCUGACUCAAAGAUUGUUGUUUGGAUUGUGGUGGCCGUUUGCAUGGAAAUGGUCGACUUUUCUUAAUGCAUCUCGGGAAAUAAAGGAUGAAUCUUUGUGAAAUAUUUUGUAUAGUGUGGUAUUUUAAUAUACCAUUGACAUGUUUUCUCUGCUAAAUGUGUUCUAAAAGGGCGAAUCCAGGGAUGAGGUGAUAAAAAAACAGCAUCAGAUGCAUUCACAUAACUUUCAGUGAUAAUUGUUUUUUCACUAGUCCUCUUUUCUAUCGCAUUGAAUGCAGUGUAGUAGAGCAU